CUCCCGGCCUGCCCCGAGAAGGGAGGGUUUCAGCAGCUGUUACUGCGCCUGUUCUGUUCCAGUCCCGUUCGUUCUCCCCUCUCCCCCGGCCAACAUCACUAUCAGUGCUGCCUCCGUGUGAUCCGGCUGGGGGGGCUUUCUCCGGAGUUCACCAGGCUGCAGAAUGACAUCCCUGUUUUGCUCCAGCUCAUCCCAUCCUCCCAUGGGACAGGGGAGAAAAAUGGCUGCAGUGGAACAAGUUCAGGGGCCGGUGACCUUCGAGGAGGUGGCUGUGUAUUUCACCAGGGAAGAGUGGGCUCUACUGGAUCCCGCUCAGAGAACUCUCUACAGGGACGUCAUGCAGGAGAACUAUGAGAAUGUGACCUCGCUGGGGUUUCCAGUUUCCAAACUGGAUAUAAUCUCCCAACUGGAACAAGCGGAAGAACCAUGGGUCCCAGACCUCCAGGGUUCAGAGGAAAGACAGAUGCUGAGAGCUCCCUGCACAGCAGGUGAUGCAAUUGUACGUGAGAAUGAGGAGCAAAAUUCUCAGCAGGAAAAUGUUGAGCAAGUGGAUAAACACAGAGAAUUAUCGCAAAGAGUGAAAAGGAACGUGUCCAGGAGUCAUGAGCUGGGAAAAUCCUGUGAGAUUCAGCACAGAACAGAAACAGAACAGGGAAGCCAGCCAGGGGAGAAAGUGGGUAAAUGUAUUUCCUGUCCAGGAACUCAGAAGGACCUUAAGGAAACCACAACACAGCAAGAAAUCCUCAGGGGAAAGAGAAAAAAUACAUUCACUGAGUGUGGGAAAAACUUACGUGACUAUUCAGCCCUUAUUAGUCAUCAGAGAAUCCACACAGGGAAGCGACUCUAUGAAUGCAGUGAGUGUGGGAAAAACUUCACUCCCAGAUCACAGCUUAUUAGGCAUCAGAGAAUCCACAGAGGGGAGAGGCCCUAUGAAUGCAGUGAGUGUGGGAAAAGCUUCACUCAGAGAUCACACCUUAUUAGGCAUCAGAUGAUCCACAUAGGGGAGAGGCCCUAUGAAUGCAGUGAGUGUGGGAAAAGCUUCACUCACAGAUCAGGCCUUUCUGAACAUCAGAGAAUCCACACAGGGGAGAGGCUGUAUGAAUGCAGUGAGUGUGGGAAAAGCUUCACUCAAAGAUCAGGUCUUUUUCAACAUCAGAGAAUCCACACAGGGGAGAGGCCCUAUGAAUGCAGUGAGUGUGGGAAAAGCUUCACUCACAGAUCAGUGCUUUCUGAACAUCAGAGAAUCCACACAGGGGAGCGGCUCUAUGAAUGCAGUGAAUGUGGGAAAAACUUCAAUCACAGCUCACACCUUAUUAGGCAUCAGAUAAUCCACACAGGGGAGAGGCCCUUUGAAUGCAGUGAAUGUGGGAAAAACUUCACUCACAAAUCAGCCCUUUCUGAACAUCAGAAUAUCCACACUGGUUUGAGACCCUAUGAAUGCAGUGUGUGUGGGAAAAACUUCACUCACAGAUCAUCCAUUAUUAGGCAUCAGAGAAUCCACAAUGGGGAGAGGCCCUUUGAGUGCAGUGAGUGUGGAAAAAGUUUCACUCAAAGAUCAGGUCUUUUUCAGCAUCAGAGAAUCCACUCAAGGGAAUGACCCUAUGAAUGCAUUAAGUGUAGGACUACCUUCUCUUGGCACUCAGACCAUGUUAGGCAUCAGUGAAUCUGCAAAGGAGAUAAACACCAUAAAAAC